CGAGGACUUCAUAAAUUAUCGUUUACAAAGUACGCUAGAGAUAGUUCUCGUCGCUUUAAAAGUGAAACCGAAGAGGGUAUUGUCGAGAGAAAUCAACCAGAAGACAAAAAUAGACCAGAUCACGAAAAUAUUCAUAAUGGUCAUUACGGCGACAGAAAUAAUUUCGCAUCUGAUCUACUGAAUAACGACCAUGGCAGUACUAAUAAGAACAAGGAGAGUCUAUCAACUGAUAAGGAAUCCUCCUAUCAAACAGCUCAAGAGGAUCCCAUCGAAUGCCGCACGAAUGAGGCGCAGAAUUAUCAGCAUGUUCAAGAUCAAGAUGAAAUUCCUUUACAUCGUCAGUUCCUGCAAUCGCCCAGCAAUGACUAUUUAGAAUUCAUCAAGCAACUAACUGCCAAAAAAUCCCCGAUUCUAUCGCCAACAACAUGUAGGCCAAGUGAAAAACUACCAACACUAGGCAUCAUCACUUCGUCAAAUCGUAACAAUAAUCCAACAAAACCACCAAACAGGAAUAAUACUCCACGAGAACAAGCGCAACAUAUCGCUAGAUGUGCCCCAAGUACUGCAGGCAGAGGGGUGGAACGUGUUUAUCGUUUACCCGCUCACCAGCAACGUCCAGCAGUCACCUUCGACUCGCAUCCACAAACCAUUCCUCGUUCUCGACUAGCUCAAACUCGUAUAUCGCAAAGAUAUCAGUCUGAUGCACCCAAUCAACCACAACAAUCAAAAGAACGUGAACGAGGCCAGAAACACAAUCAGAAAGCAAUUGAUCAGUUUAUGAAGAAUCCGUCGUAUCGUUAUCGCAGUAAUUCGAGACAACGCGCUAGAGAUAAAGCAUUACGCAGACGUUUGAGUGCCUCCAGACUGAUGAAUCGUCGUCAUCGAAGUGGAAGCGUUGAAAAAAAUCCAGAAACUAUGCCAGUACCGCAGCGAAUCAGUCGCUCGGCAGUGCGAAAGAAGCCGGGUCGUCGAACUGAAGAACGCAUUUUGGACUGGUUUAGUAAAAUGUCAUUAGAUAAACAACAGCAAAUCAUCACUAAAUAUUCAGCAAAACGUUAA